AUUCCCCAAAGGGCAAAGCAGAUACACAAAGGCGUUGAGCCUGACGUGGAAUCUUACUCUGCAUUCGGCUUGGGCAAUGCUCGAAGCAACACAGGUCUUUCGCAUACUCUCGCUGAGGCAGGGAUACAAUUACUGGUUAUUUGUGGCAUUGCAACUGACGUAUGCGUGGGUAUCUAAACCUCUAAAAGCCAGAUCAAUUACCUUAACUUAUUAA